CGGGGCGCUGUCGCGCGAGGUAAUCCGAGUCACGAUUCCCGCGGGAGGCGACGGCAGAGCGCCCACUGCCUGGAGCAGGUUAAUAUUAAAAUCGGAAGUUUGUAUCUUUUGCUCAAUAUUAGAAACUGAAUGUAAUGGCAACAGAAUUUAUAAAGAGUUGCUGUAGAGGAUGUUUCUAUGGUGAAACAGAAAAGCACAACUUUUCCGUGGAAAGAGACUUUAAAACAGCAGUCUCAAAUAGUCGAAAUACUACUAUCUGUACACCUCCACUGACUUCUGUUCCUGUAAAGCCUCAGGUUGGCUGCACUGAGGAUUAUUUACUUUCCAAAUUACCAUCAGAUGGCAAGCAAGUACCAUUUGUGGUGCCCAAGUUUAAGUUAUCUUAUAUUCAGCCCAGGACACAAGGAACUCCUUCACAUCUGGAGGAACUGGAAGGAUCUGCCAGAGCAUCUUUUGGAGAUCGAAAGGCAGAACUUUCCAGUUCAUCCCAUCCCGGCUCCAGCUAUGACAUAUAUAACCCGUUCUAUAUGUAUCGGCACAUCUCACCAGAUCUGAGCCGGCGCUUUCCUCCUGGUUCAGAAGCGAUGCGACUGUAUGGAUCAGUUUGUGAUUUAAGAACCAACAAACUCCCUGGUUCCCCUGGGCUAAGCAAGUCUAUGUUUGACCUUUCAAGUUCAUCUCAGAAGUUCAUCCAGAGACAUGAUUCCCUGUCCAGUGUGCCCAGUAGCUCUUCGUCAAGGAAAAAUUCUCAGGGGAGUAACAGAAGCUUGGAUACUAUUACGCUCUCAGGAGAUGAGAGAGACUUGGGGAGACUGCAUGUGAAAGUGGUUUAUAACUCUGCAGUGGAGCAGAUCUGGAUCACAGUGCUACGGUGCAAGGAUUUAAGUUGGCCCUCUAGUUAUGGUGACAUGCCUACUAUUUCUAUAAAAGGAAUCCUAACAUUGCCCAAACCAGUCAAUUUCAAAUCUUCAGCCAAGGAAGGCUCCAGUAGUAUUGAAUUUAUGGAAACGUUUGUAUUUGCUAUUAAACUCCAAACUCUACAAACUGUAAGGCUUGUAUUUAAGAUUCAAAUCCAGACUCCCAGGAAGAAGACCAUUGGAGAAUGCUCACUGUCACUCAGAACUCUUAGCACGCAGGAAAUGGAUUACUCUUUGGAAAUAGUACCACCUUCAAAAAUUUCUGUUUACCACGCAGAACUUGAACUGGGGACUUGUUUUCAAGCCGUGAACAGCAGGGUUCAGUUACAGAUUCUUGAGGCACAAUGCCUUCCAAGCUCCUCAACACCUCUGACUCUCAGUUUUUUUGUGAAGGUGGCAAUGUUUAGCUCAGGAGAGCUGAUUUAUAAGAAGAAGACACGCUUACUGAAGGCCUCCAAUGGAAGAGUAAAGUGGGGAGAGACUAUGAUUUUUCCACUUGUACAGAAUGAAACAGAAAUUGUUUUUCUCAUUAAGCUGUACAGUCGAAGUUCUGUGAGAAGACGGCACUUUGUGGGGCAGAUUUGGAUAAGUGAAGAAAGUAAUAACGUUGAAGCAGCAAACCAGUGGAAAGAGACGAUUACAAAUCCAGAAAAGGUUGUUAUCCAGUGGCACAAAUUAAAUCCAUCUUGAAGACCUCAUGCAUUAUUUGGUGAAGAAUUUGACUUUUCUUAAGAAGACUUAAGAUUUAAAUUUGCUACCAAUGAGAAGAGACAAAUCAAUAUAUUUCUCAAGUCUUUUAUGGAGGUCAUAAUUAUAAUAUAUACUGGAUCUGUUAGAAAAUUAAACCUGAUAAAAAAUGGUAUGAAUUAUAUCAGACAUCCAGAGUAAAAGAAAUGUUUAAAAACUGUGCCAAAAUAGACAAUAAAAUGAAAGGGUUGUAUUACUAGGGCAACUAAAUAAAUUAUAAAACCAGUAAGAAUAUCAGCCAUAGGUAGUUACUGCCAUUUUAUGUUUAUAGGUGUGUUUUUUGAAGCUUUACCUAGGUAUUUAAAAUCUAGUAUAUCAAGUCUCUGUUAGUCCUAUGAGACAUUUGGAAGACUUUACUACUGACUAUUCCAGUGCUAAUCAUUGUUGAUAAUAUCUUGGCUUCACUGUUUAUUUCUUGCUACCUAUUUUCUCUCAGAAAACAAAAAUGAAUUGCACUAGUUCAAUUUCUGGGGCAAGUUGUUGUGCCCUGUGUUUAUCAUUUCUUACCCAUAAGGUAUCACAUUACCAGUUUAUCUCCAAGAAACUUCAUAUAUAGAAAACUACAGUUUGGUAAGAAUAAUGAAGACACCAGAGGUUGAAGUUUAAUUGGAAACCCAGUGUACACACAUCUUCCUAUGUUUUUCUCCCUCCCUUAAAUAUUUUACUCUUUGUUUUGUUUGGAGUUGAAAUAAGAUUAUUACCCAUAUGCCCCAUCCUAAUUAGAAUUAAAUGGUCUCAAA